UGGAGUGGCGUGUUUACGUCCUGUCUUAAGCAUGCUAGCCGGAGAGUUUGGUGUCCAGAAACAUUGACGUUUACGACAGAGAAAUCGGGUAGUUGCCAGCUGGACUUUAUCUGCAGCUCAACCGGAUGUUUUUUCUGUUGUUUGUAGCUUCUUUUAAAGAGUAGACAGUGAAGAAAUGUCUGCUCCCGACAAUGCCACAGCUAGACCUAACGUGGACCAGAAGGUGCUGCAGUAUGAAACCUUCAUCAAUGAAGUCCUGAAGAGAGACUUACAGAAGGUGGUGGAGCAGAGGGAUCAGGUUUAUGAGAAGAUCUCUCAGUACCUGCAGCUGAAGAACACCAUACAGAGUCUGCAGGAGGCGGGCUCUCAGCAGCUGAAGACUGACGUUGAUCUUGGCUGUAACUUCUACGUUCAGGCUGAAGUCGAGGACUCAUCCAGGAUAUUUGUGGCCGUCGGUUACGGUUUCUUUGUGGAGAUGACUCACGACGAGGCUCUGAGGUUCAUCGAGAAGAAGACGAGUCAGCUCACAGCCUUCACGGAGCAGCUCACAAAAGACUCUGCCAAAAUAAAAGCCCACAUCCGCAUGGUGCUGGAGGGUUUGAGGGAGCUGCAGGGCCUGGGCGACCUGCCAGAGAGCAGAAGAGGAGACGUUUUCUAGACUUUCCCACCUGACCAGCUGCAGAGGACGGGUUAACGAAAGCCGGCUGCUGAUGUCAACGGUGUGUUUUGGGAAAACAGGCUCGAGGAGAAGGAAAGACUUCAGGACUAAAGCCUGAAUCCCAACAAGUCGUCACAGAGCUGAAGAGGAGGAUUAGUGCCUGAGCCUUCUCAGAGUCAAAACUCACAGUCAUGAAACGCGUACACUCGACGUGACUUUGUGUCUUUGUGAAACUCGUCUGUUGAAAAUCAGAGAAUAUUCCUGUUUUUUGUUUUUUUGUUUUCUCACAGUGAAAAAGGGGCUGCUCAGAGAUAAUCCUGCAGCCUCUAAACAGACACUUUCAGUCAAUGUGACAAAUUCAGGUUCAAACAAACCUGAUCUCAUAGGUUGAAAAUAAUGUGACAGGAAGUGAGUGAUGUUUCACUGUUUGGAGUUUGAAAUAAAUUGUUUUGUGAAAAUGA